CUCAAAUGUGAAUUGCCUUCUCACAUCUUUACAUGUAGCUGAAAAAUACUGAAGCCUACUGGGUAACAAGAGCAGGCAGAUAAGACGUAGAGCAAAGAAAAAUCACCUUAUAUUCCGGGUCAGACACGUCUGUUCCACCUGCCCGCUGGAGCUGACAUCUUCUACCUAGACCAAACGCCCUCGCCAGCAGGAACCCCACUACACUGACUCAGAGAUGAGUGAAAACUGUGGAACACAUACAGAACUGAAGCAUCUUCCUGCAAUGAGGCAGAUGCCAAACAAUGGGGCUUCAGUUCCAUUUGCCUGGUGUUUCACUGUAGUGAUCCUUGGUGUCUUGUGCUUCAUUCUCCUUUUGACAACUAGAGUCUUGGGAUACAUGGUUUUCCAGGUUCAUCAGGCUGCCCGAUCACAGGAGGCUUCUUUGAAAAAUGUAACAGAACAGCACAAUUCCACAUUGGAAAACGGGGCUUUCCCAGAUAAACCAUUCAUUCCAGGAACUGAAAGCAGUAAAUGUAAAACUAAGUGGUCACGUCAUGGAAAGAACUGUUAUUAUUUUUCACGUGAAGAGAAAAACUUUGAAGACAGCAAGAAAUUCUGCAAGAAAAUGGACUCUACACUUCUUAAGAUAGAUGAUGAAGAAGAACUGGUAAGAACUUCAUCCAAAACCAAAUAUCUCAUUUGUAUCAUUCCUCGUGGAUUGGAUUGUCCCGUAAAGGAAUGAGUAGACCCUGGAAAUGGGAAGAUAACUCAGAACCUCUACCCAAAAUUUUAGGUGAUUGGAAAGAAUCAGACCGUGGAAACUGUGCAAGUAUAAGAGGAAGAAAGGCAGCUGCUUCUGACUGCUCCAAAUUCAUGUACUACAUUUGUGAGAAGACAAUUGCUUGACUUGCUACCCAAUGAUAAAAACAACACCACCAACAAAACACAGAUACAAUAAUCUUUCCCUAAAAACCUGAGACCUGGGAAGUUCUACAGUCUUCCUCUCUUUUUUCACACUUUCUAAUUUUAUAUGGGCUGUACCUGUAGUCUGGCCUCUGAGCAAGUUGAGGCAAAAACAUUUGGUCCAUCAAGGUGAGGUUCAGCAGACCCACCAUUCUGCCCCUUUCCCAUCCAGACUGCCAGAUCACACCAUUUAGGAGCACAGGUGGAGUAGGGGAGUAGCAGCACUUCUGCUGGGGGCUGGGAAGCAGAGUUCUGUAUACUCUUCCUGCAACUCCCACAGACCUAGGAAGUAAUGCUGUAAAUGUCACUCACCACAAUGCACAUUCUUGCUGAGAAUUAAUGAAAUAGUAAUUAAAGUCAUUAAUCUUUAAGAAUUUUGUAUACAUUUCUGUUUGAUACCUUUCCUUUUUUUGAGACCUGCACCACACCUAAUAGCUAUGUGCUUGCUGUUAAGUCCAAAUCUCAGAGUCUUAGUUUCCUUUCCAGUAAGUGAACUUUCUGUUUUCCAAAGUCGCUAUACCAUUUUGCAUUUCCACCCACAGUGUAUGAAAGUUCCAUUUGCUUGUGUCCUUCCAAUACUUACUAUUGUCGGUUUACAAAGACAUUUUAAUAAGUGUGUAGUAUAAUGUAACUGUGAUUUUCAUUUGUGUUUGCCUAAUCAGUAAUGAUGUUAAGCAUCUUUUAUAUAUUUUUGUCAACCAUAUCUACUAUGGUAAAGUAGAUACUCAAAUGUUUUCCCCAUUUGUGUUGGGUUGUCUACUUUCGUGAGUUAUAGAGUUCUUUAUAUAUUCUUGAUACCAUUUUACCAUUACUUUACCAUUCAGAUUUUAUACAUAUUUUCUUCCAGUCUUUUAUCCUUGUCUUUCAUUGACUUGAUAAUGUCUUUAGAAAACUUUUUGUGUGUCCUCAGAAAUGUUUUAUGUCAUGAUUGCAUUUUAUGUAAUUUUG